AUGGGACCCCCGCAAGGCGAUGGCCACGAGGGACCUGGUAGCAGCGAUCGUCGAGUUCAGCUCCCGCCGCCGCCUCCAGCCUCCUGGCCUGCUGCUGGCAGCGGCAAGCAACUGGGAGGUGCAGCAUCAGCAAUUGCGGCUCACGUGCCGUCCUGGUCGGGCUUUGACGAGGAUUUCGAGGUGCAUCUGCCUGGCCGAGAACACACGACCUUCUUCGUGCGUGUGUCAGGGCGCGAGCUCGCGGCGACAAAUGGCGUCGCGGUGGUGCUCCAUGGGGGUGGCUUUACAGGCAUGUCCUGGGCACCGGCGGCGGGCGUGAUGAAGCGCCACUGCUGCGUUGUCGCGCCUGAUCUGCGAGGUCACGGCCUCACGUCCUCCGCCGACGAAGAAGCACACAGCGGCAGCGCGAGCGGCAGCUCGAGCACCAGCAGCCCGACUAUCAGGCUCCUCCUGGUGGGGCAUUCCCUGGGCGGCUCUAUCGCGGUCCGGGUGGCCGGCGCGGCGGGGGAGCUCAGGCGGCGCUGCGGGGGCGCCGCGGAGAUCACGGGCGUCGUCGCCGUGGACGUGGUGGAGGGGACGGCGCUAUCCGCCUUGGACGACAUGCCCGAGAUUCUUCGGAAGAUUCCCCGAAGUUUCCCGAGCAUGGAGGACGCCGUGCGGUGGCAUGUUAAGACGGGGGCGGUGAGGAACUCUUCCUCGGCACACGCCGUCGUGCCCUCUCGCCUCAAGAAUGACCCAGCGCGGGAUGGGCGGGUGGUGUGGCGAACUGAUCUGCGUGCGACGGAGAGGCACUGGCGAGAUUGGUUCGAGGGCAUGUCCAAGGCGUUCUUGGAGCUGCCUGUUCCAAAGCUGCUGAUAGUGGCGGGUAUGGAUAGGCUAGACACGGAGCUCACCGCCGCUCACAUGCAAGGAAGGUACCAACUGAAGCUGGUGUACGGGUCCGGGCACAGCAUUCAGGAGGACCAGCCGGAAGAGGCGGCGAAAUCGAUCAUCAACUUUGCCUUGAGAAAUUCCGUUUUCCGAAGGGGCACAAGCGGCGCAACCCACGGGGGAAAACCACCAGCCGGCGAGGAGGAAGAGCUGCUGCGACUCAAGCUUGCUAGGGCGAGGGAACAGGCGAACCGAACCCGUCGAUAGCACCGACUACGAAGCACCCACUUCCGCUCUAGAGCGUGUGGAUGAAAGCGCCGUUGUGCAUACAUACGUAGCGAGAUGCGUGGGGUGUCCAAGCGUGUCAAGGGUAGGCUGAAGUCUAACCGCGAGACAGGCGUAAGAGAAGGGGGGCUUUAAAAGAAUUGCGCCUCGGCGGCGGAGCACCGUUGUGUGCAACCAACUGAUCGUGCGCUUGCAAACAGGGUACAUGUGUAACACGACACUGCGCCAUGGCGCGUUCGGAUUAUGGAAGUAUCAUCGAGCGUCACGCGGUACGUGUAUGUUGAGUUCCUC